AUGAGUGGGGAGAACGAGCAAGGUCCGGCGCGGUUAGAAGAAAUGGUAUUGAAGACUUCACCGGAUUCUUAUGAGGAGUUUGGAAUAUCACGUGAAAAAGACGAGAAUGUUCGUUCAGAACAUCCAGCAACAACGGAUACAACCAAGAAGUUUGUGGAAGGCUACAAGGAGCUCAACUUGGCACCUCACGUUAUGGAUAACAUGCCAUCGAAAGCAAAAGUUUGUGGGACUCUAGACAGACACGUAAGGCCAGCGGGAAAUUACGUUUCCGAGCAACCGGCGAACACAUUGCCAUCGAUGGUUCCCCAACGUGCAGAAUCUCCACUAUCAUUGUCAUGGUCAAUAUCUUAUGCCGAAAUGCCCAGCCAACAACCAAACGUUAUUCCAGCCGCGCCUCUUCGAGCUCCUACUAAGCCUGCUCAAUCUGGUUCUAAAGCUCCUCGUGUGAAGAGAAACAGGACGACCUUCGACACGAACCAGCUACUCGAACUCGAACCCAUCUCAGCCAUCUCAGCUACUUCAGCCACUUCAGCUAUCUCAGCCACCUCAGCCACCUCAGCUACUUCAGCCACUUCAGCCACUUCAGCCACCUCAGCCACUUCAGCCACCUCAGCCACCUCAGCUACUUCAUCUACUUCAGCCACCUCAACCACCUCAGCCACCUCAAUCGCUUCAACUACGUCAGCCACCUCAGCCACCUCGACUACUUCAGCCAUCUCAGCCACCUCAGCCACCUCAGCUACUUCAGCCACCUCAGCCACCUCAGCCACCUCGACUACUUCAGCCAUCUCAGCCACCACAGCUACUGCAGCCACUUCAGCUACCUCAGCCACCUCAGCCACCUCAGCCACCUCGACUACUUCAGCCAUCUCAGCCACCACAGCUACUGCAGCCACUUCAGCUACCUCAGCCACCUCAGCCACCUCAGCCACCUCAGCCACCUCGACUACUUCAGCCACCUCAGUCACUUCAGCUACUUCAGCCACUUCAACUACCUACCUCAGCCACCUCACUACCUCAGCCACUUCAGCUACCUCAGCCACCUCAGCCACCUCAGCCACCUCAGCCACCUCAGCCACCUCAGCCACCUCAGCCACUUCAGCCACCUCAGCUACUUCAGCCACCUCAGCCACCUCACUACCUCAGCCACUUCAGCUACCUCAGCCACCUCAGCCACCUCAGCCACCUCAGCCACCUCAGCCACUUCAACCACCUCAGCCACCUCAGCCACUUCAACCACUAUCUACCAAUAUGAGUGCUUCAUCAGGAUGCAACGUCGGGAACGUCUCACAACAGCAGCCAAAUGAUUCUAUAAGCAUUUCUUCAAGUAGCGACCAAGCUUUAGACAAGUUAUUGAAUGGGGAGACUGAAGAAUGGCGUCAAACGCUUGAUGAUAUUUUGAAUAGUGAUUUUGUUCUGAGCACUCAACAGAAUCAGCAGGUUGUUAUGUGUGACAAUCAACCAACUUUGAAUUGGCAGCAACAAGACUUCUCCAUUACCCCAUCGCCACCAACUUCUCAAUCUAGUUACUCAACCAAUAACUCAUCUAAUACAGUUUCACUUCAGGAAUAUUUCGACGAAUUUGUGACCGCUUUAGCGGAUAUUUAUGACAGCAUGACGAAAGAAUCGGAAGAACAACAGCGUGAACUUGAUUUGGUUACUACGACGCCGCAAAUGGAAGAGUUGGAUAUGGAUUUUUUUGAUAUCUUUGAUAGUUUGUCGACCGAACAACUAAUCGACUCAUGUUCAUCCACGAUGAGUAACGGGAGUGGGGAGAACGAGCAAGGUCCGGCAUGGUUAGAAGAAAUGGUAUUGAAGGCUUCACCGGAUUCUUAUGAGGAGUUUGGAAUAUCACGUGAAAAAGACGAGAAUGUUCGUUCACAACAUCCAGCAACAACGGAUACAACCAAGAAGUUUGUGGAAGGCUACAAAGAGCUCAACUUGGCACCUCACGUUAUGGAUAACAUGCCAUCGAAAGCAAAAGCUUGUGGGACGCUAGACGGACACGUAAGGCCAGCGGGAAAUUACGUUUCCGAGCAACCGGUGAACACAUUGCCGUCGAUGGUUCCCCAACGUGCAGAAUCUCCACUAUCAUUGUCAUGGUCAAUACCUUAUGCCGAAAUGCCCAGCCAACAACCAAACGUUAUUCCAGCCGCGCCUCUUCGAGCUCCUACUAAGCCUGCUCAAUCUGGUUCUAAAGCUCCUCGUGUGAAGAGAAACAGGACGGCCUUCGACACGAACCAGCUACUCGAACUCGAACCCAUCUCAGCCAUCUCAGCUACUUCAGCCACUUCAACCACCUCAGCCACCUCAGCCACCUCAGCCACCUCAGCCACUUCAGCCACCUCAGCCACUUCAGCCACCUCAGCCACCUCAGCUACUUCAUCUACUUCAGCCACCUCAACCACCUCAGCUACAUCAGCCUCCUCAGCCACCUAAACCACUUCAGCUACCUCAGCCACCUCAGCCACCUCAGCCACUUCAGCCACUUCAGCCACCUCAGCCACUUCAACCACUAUCUACCAAUAUGAUAGCGCCCAAGCUUUAGACACGUUAUUGAAUGGAGAGACUGAAGAAUGGCGUCAAACGUUUGAUGAUGUUUUGAAUAAUAAUUUUGUUCUGAGCACUCAACAGAAUCAGCAGGUUGUUAUGCGUAACAAUCAACCAACUUUGAAUUGGCAGCAACAAGACUUCUCCAUUACCCCAUCGCCACCAACUUCUCAAUCUAGUUACUCAACCAAUAACUCACCUAAUACAGUUUCAUUUCAGGAUUAUUUCGACGAAUUUGCGACCUAUUUAGCGGAGAUUUACGACAUCACGACGAAAGCAUCGGAAGAACAAAAGCGUGAACUUGAUUUAGUUACUCCGACGCCGCAAAUGGAAGAGUGUUUAUAUUCGCUAGCUUAG